CGCAAGCUUUACCCCCCCCUUCUUCACAAGCCUUCAGUCACUAUUAGCCGGCUUCACUUUAAAUCCUGUGCGGCAGUGCAGCGGCAGCUCACACCGCCGCUUGACUCGCUCCAACUCUCCUCAUCUUCUCCUAAAUCUGCCCGUGUCUCUCCCCAGAUGGAUUUCUUCAAACUGCGCCCUGCCUAACAUGGAUGCCCCAUCAGGUCCCACACCAUCUCCUCCAUCAUCAUCAUCAUCAUCAUCACCCUCAUCAUCACCACCACUAUCAUCUCCUUCCUCAGCCAAGGACUAUUACAGUUUUUUCUCAGUGCAGUGAGCCGGACACGCAGUAUUUUUUUCCUUUUUGCCUUAUGGAUGUAAGGAAGCAGUCGCCCAACCUGGCGGAGUGAAAGAGAAAAACAUACAUCUGGGAAAUAUACCGAUUCAGGGAAUAACACAACUGUGCAGCGCACAAGCAACAUGAAGAUUACCUCCCAGUUGAUGUCGAGGUGCAAGCUGCUUCUGCUGCUAUUACAAUGUGUGGGAUAUUCUCAUGGGAUGCCACAUGUCUUGAGAUUUGGAGGGAUAUUUGAGUCUGUCGAAAGUGGCCCAUCGGGUGCUGAGGAGCUGGCCUUUAAAUUUGCUUUGAAUACAAUCAACAGAAAUCGAACUCUACUGCCAAACACCACUCUUACCUAUGACAUCCAAAGGAUAAACAUCUAUGACAGCUUUGAGGCUUCCAGAAAAGCUUGUGACCAGCUUUCGCUUGGUGUGGCAGCAAUAUUUGGUCCUUCGCACAGUUCCUCAGCCAAUGCUGUCCAGUCCAUCUGUAAUGCUCUAGGGGUGCCUCACAUCCAAACAAAGUGGAAGCACCAGGUUUCAGACAACAAGGACACCUUUUACGUCAGCCUCUAUCCCGACUUCUCAUCCAUGAGCAGAGCAAUCCUGGAUUUGGUUCACUUCUUCAAAUGGAGAACAGCCACAGUUGUUUAUGAUGACAGCACAGGUCUAAUUCGAUUGCAAGAACUUAUAAAGGCCCCAUCACGGUACAACAUUCGAUUAAAGAUCCGGCAGCUUCCUGCAGACUCCAAAGAUGCCAAACCAUUGUUAAAGGAGAUGAAGAGAGGGAAGGAGUUUCACAUCAUCUUUGACUGUGGACAUGAAAUGGCUGCUGGGAUCCUAAAACAGGCUCUUGCCAUGGGGAUGAUGACAGAAUACUAUCACUAUAUAUUUACCACACUGGAUCUAUUUGCCCUUGAUCUGGAGCCAUACCGUUACAGCGGUGUAAACAUGACUGGCUUUAGGAUUCUCAACACCGAGAACAGCCAGGUGGCCUCCAUCAUCGAGAAGUGGUCCAUGGAACGACUGCAGGCACCUCCUAAACCUGACUCUGGUCUACUGGAUGGCUUCAUGACAACAGAUGCUGCCCUAAUGUACGAUGCCGUGCACGUGGUGGCCGUAGCUGUGCAGCAGUCACAGCAGAUCACUGUCAGCUCAUUACAGUGUAACCGACAUAAGCCUUGGCGCUUUGGGAACCGCUUCAUGGCCCUCAUCAAAGAGGCCCACUGGGAUGGCCUGACUGGGAGAAUAACUUUCAAUCGAACCAAUGGCUUGAGGACAGACUUCGACCUUGAUGUUAUCAGUUUGAAGGAGGAGGGGCUAGAGAAGAUUGGCACAUGGGACCCUCCAAGUGGCCUGAACAUGACGGACAACCAGAGAGGGAAGACAACUAACGUAUCAGAUUCUUUAUCCAACCGAUCUAUCGUCAUUUCAACUAUACUGGAGGAGCCAUAUGUGAUGUUCAAGAAGUCUGAUAAGCCUCUUUAUGGGAAUGACCGCUUUGAGGGCUACUGCAUCGACCUGCUAAGAGAGCUCGCCAACAUCUUGGGCUUCACCUAUGAAAUCCGCUUAGUGGAAGAUGGAAAAUAUGGUGCCCAGGAAGAAAACACAGGCCUGUGGAAUGGCAUGGUUAAGGAAUUAAUGGACCAUAGAGCUGAUCUGGCAGUGGCGCCUCUUGCCAUCACAUACGUGCGUGAGAAAGUUAUUGACUUCUCCAAGCCCUUCAUGACAUUGGGUAUAAGUAUACUCUACCGCAAGCCAAAUGGGACCAACCCAGGGGUCUUCUCCUUCCUCAACCCCCUCUCGCCUGAUAUCUGGAUGUAUAUUCUGCUGGCUUACUUGGGUGUCAGUUGUGUGCUGUUUGUCAUAGCCAGGUUUAGUCCCUACGAGUGGUAUAACCCUCACCCUUGCAACCCUGACUCGGAUGUAGUGGAAAACAAUUUCACCCUGCUAAAUAGUUUCUGGUUCGGAGUUGGAGCUCUCAUGCAGCAAGGAUCUGAGCUCAUGCCGAAAGCCCUCUCCACCAGAAUUGUCGGAGGCAUCUGGUGGUUUUUUACUCUCAUCAUCAUUUCCUCCUACACGGCAAACCUUGCAGCCUUCCUCACUGUGGAGAGGAUGGAGUCGCCUAUUGACUCCGCUGAUGACCUGGCCAAGCAGACCAAGAUAGAGUAUGGAGUGGUAGAGGAUGGCGCGACGAUGACUUUCUUCAAGAAAACCAAGAUCUCCACUUAUGACAAAAUGUGGGAAUUCAUGAGCAGUCGACGGCAUACUGUGAUGGUAAAGAAUGUUGACGAAGGCAUUCACAGAGUUCUCACCUCAGAUUAUGCUUUCCUCAUGGAGUCGACAAGCAUUGAAUUUGCCACACAACGUAACUGCAACCUCACCCAGAUUGGCGGCCUUAUUGACUCACAAGCCUAUGGGGUUGGGACUCCAAUGGGGUCUCCAUACAGAGACAAGAUCACUAUUGCCAUCUUGCAGCUUCAAGAGGAAGGCAAGCUGCACAUGAUGAAGGAGAAGUGGUGGCGCGGAAACGGCUGCCCCGAAGAAGAAAGCAAGGAGGCCAGUGCCCUUGGAGUACAGAACAUUGGCGGAAUCUUCAUUGUCUUAGCUGCUGGACUUGUCCUUUCCGUGUUUGUGGCAGUGGGAGAGUUUCUCUACAAGUCCAAACAAAGCGCUGAACUUGAAAAGGCCCAAUGGCGACAACGAGAUAAGAAACAGGUCCUUCUACAGUGUCAUGGUGGACGAACUGAGGGUGUCACUGAAGUGCCAGCGCAGGCUCAAACACAAGCCUCAAGCAGCCGUCAUGGCGAAAACGGAGGAGGUUAUCAACAUGCACACCUUCAACGACCGCAGACUGCCAGGGAAAGAGACCAUGGCAUGAAAUGGGAAUCACUUUCCCACCCUCACCACCGCAGUGAGGAGGCUUGUAGAGACACUUGGGAGAAACGUGGGGGAAACUGGUGAAAGGGAGGGUGUACAAUUUGGGUUAUUUUGACAUUGAGCAGAGGUGCUUGAGAGCGCAUUGACAAAGAGUCAUUCUUAUUCAAGAUAAACUUGGUUUCAAAAAUAUUUCCUGUGGAAAUAACUUGAACCAAGGAGAAUUUUCAGCAAGUUACCUCAUUAUUCUUACCACUAUAAGGCGCAAAGUACAGGCAGUGAAGUUUUUAAGCGGGAAAAAAAAGGGGGAGGUUGAGGUUGGAAUAUUGUAUUAUUAUAUUACUGUUAUUAUUAUUAUGACAUGUCAAUAAUAGUGGAAUGGACCUUAUCAACAACAUCAUCUUAAAUUACUUGAGCAUCUUAAUUACAAAUCUCUUUGCUAUGACCAUAGCCAAAUUACAUAUAGGGGACAGAAAAGUGGAAACAAACAACGAUUUUUAAACAUGGAUAAAAUAAUCAAGGAAGCUCUCAACUCAAGUUACCCUCAAGCCUCAAAGCGCGCAAUGAGUGCAGCAGAUUUCUGAAUUGUACAGGAAAGUACUGCACCCCUUUGUCACAUAUAUGAUUAAUUGAAAAAAAAAAAGAUAUCAUCCAUCGGGCAAUAAGUGAUAUUAAUUUAUUUGUCUUUCAGAGUACUAACACUUUUAGUCUUUAAAUGUAGUGUAUGGGAUGGAUGCAGAAAUAUAACCAAAGAAUGCAUGGUUUAGGGUCGAUAGAGCAAGCUGUUGAGUUCCAUGUAUUGUGUCAGCCUGUAGUCGUAAUUAGGCAUUAAUGAGGUGCGUACACCAUUACUUUCAAUUUAGAGGAAUUAUAGGAUGUGAUUGGCACACCUCCAUGAAUUCAAAACAAUCACAUGCUAAUAAACUGUAUUUAUUCAAGUAUUUAUUGUUUUAUUUAUGAAAUCCAUUGUUUAUACAGUUUUCACUGCAGCAGUAAAUCGAAAACUAUGUCUAUGUAUUCUACAGUUUCCUACAAUACGCUUUGUGUGAUGUCUCUUGUGGCUUUUUUUUCAGUUCUUUUACAAAAGGUCUGAUAUUUAUGUGCAUUCACAAUUUCUAAGAAAAAAUGUUUUGUAUAAAGAGAACCAACAUUUUGUAUUGGUUUUUACCACUAUGAACUCCACCAUCAAGCGUGUUCUUCAUGGUGGUAGGACAGGGGCGUAGCCACCAUUGCAGAGGUUAUGGGGACAAAUUUUCAUAAAUGAAUCUAUGUUUGCUGGUGGCCAUGGCAGUUUCAGGCCAUCGUGAACAAGAUGGGGAUGGUCGUGAGACAAAACAAACAAGCUAGAAGUGGGGCUCCUGUAACCACUAGGAACUUCCUGUAAAUGUAUCUUAAGCUAAAUUUGUUGAGCAAACGAUCAUUCUCUCGAGUUCAACUACUCUCCAUAGUGGUCAAAGAACUAAAUAAUCCAACUGGUCAAGGUAAAACACAAUGAGAGUAAAGCCUAAAUUGCCAAAUAAUUAAGGGGUGCAUUGUUUAAUGUCAUAUAAAAAAAAAUACCCAGCACGCCAUCUCAGCUCUUUUAUUCUAAACCAUUCAAUUCAGCAAAAUGUCUGCCGUGAAAACAUUAUUUUAUACUGCUUAAUGUUAAAUGUGUGUGUGUGUGCACGUGUAUCCGCCGGGCCAUAGCUGGGGGCGCGCAUGCUGCACCGACCGAAUGAUCUCCCAUCAGAAGUCCUCUGUUGCUGGCACUUCACAGGAGGGUUUUCAAGUUUCUCUGCUCCUUUGCUACAGUUGCCAUGACUACCGCUGUGUUUGACUAGUGAAUGCGGGCUAAACAUGCUGCCUUCACGUGAACACGCACAUGCUUUUCAUUUCGACCAACCAAUAGGACCACAAGCGUACCGUGGAGAGUAAUCCAUAUGGAUCAUGGAUCAAUCCAUUGCAUCACUAUACUGCCACUGUUGAAAUUCCAACGCAUUUGCCGGGUUGGCGCCGUCAACGCGACAAUCCCUGCUUUCAAGGGCAGCUGGUAAAAACAUGUUAAAAAGGAAAUUAAUACUUGUAUGUCUGUAACCACCCUUCACGCCCCAACUACACCCCUGCAGUAUGGUACUCCAGACUGGUAGUUGCAAAGCUAUUCUAAGCACUGACCAGACAUACAGGAGUGUUCUCACAUCGGUGUGCACCCAGAGUGACCCACUGAUGUUUUGGAGAAAUGAACUAUUUUUUAUCAUAACAACAUAUAAAGAAAAAUAUUUUUACCUCGUGUGAGAAAUGCUCAUUUAGAACAUAGUUGGAAACGAAUACAGUGUAUGUAUUCACACAAAAGAAGAAAAACAUAAAAGAUGCCUAAUCAUUUUCAGAGGUGUAAAAUCCGGGUCUGGAAAGUAAAACCCUGGCACAGUUUGGCUUGGGCCACAGGGCUUCUAUUCAAACCAGUUGGUAAACAAGCUAGUUCCCCAGGAACAGGUUUACCUGCCAGCUCGGUUGAUUAGAAAGAAGCACCUGAGUCUUUACUUUCUGGACCUGGACCUUUAAUUAUUUGCAACCCUAAUUCAUGAUGCAUAGGAUUCAAAGUUGAGCAAACGUGUAAAUGGUUUUAAAAAUGUAUCAAAGAAAAUGUGGAUUUGUUGUGAAAACUAAAUUCA